AUGUCGACAUCGAAACCGUCACCGCCAACGAGGAUGCUGUUCCGGGGUAGCUCAUCGACGUUGUCAGCGCCGGAAGUGAGCAGUGUAGCCGUCACGGCGAUCACUUUUCAACCGCAAGAUGGCACAUCAUCACCGGCGUCAAGAUCACGAACCGAGUCUGUCACUUCCACGCCGUCGUCGUCGUUUUUGUCAAAGGGGAAGUCACCUUUAUCGCUGUUAUCAGGACCCUCAACGUCAACAACCGUCAUCGGCAGCAACCACACCUCCCCUCCCCUCUCACAACCACAGCCGCCGGCCUUUCCCUCGUCGUCACAACCACAAUCCCAGCCUCACCUCCCACCACCCCCGUCUUAUCAUCACCCUCCCCCUUCAGUGAACAACUCUUCCCUCCAACCCCCUUCCCGCUCCUCCUCCCACCCCUUCCCCGUCACAGCACCCCCAGACCCAAAAGCAAUAGACCAAGCCCGCACCGCCCUCCUCGCCACCCUCUCAAACUACUUCGACAGGGAGAUUACCCCCCGCGCCCAGCUCCUACACCAAAACAACGCCGCCAUCGAAAAGCAGCAGUCCGAUCUGAUAAAAGCGACCCAAAGCCUAAAAAAGGAAAAUGACAAGCUCGCAAAGAUGGCAGACACGUAUGGGAAAAAGGUAAAAGAGGUGGGGAAUGUGCAGAACUGGGCCGAGAUGCUUGAGCGGGAGUUUUUGAUACUGGAGGACACGCUGAGGAGAGCCAAAGAAGGGAACACGAGUGACGAGGAGGGGAACUGGACGGGGAGUGAAAGUUGUUGGAGUGGGAGUGAGGACGAAGGGGAGGGGGAUUGGGACAGGGGUGAGGGAGAGGGGGCAAGGCCGGAGGAGGUGCCGUUGCCGGAGCCGGAGCCGGGAGAGGGAGGGUUAUAA